CUCAUCAAUCACCAUUAUAUAGAGACAGCAUCUAGAACACCAGCUUUCUUGUAGUAUAUAUAAAUGUCCGUUUAUCACCAUUAUUACAAAUCAACUUUCAAAACAGCACGAAAAUAUGGAUUAUCUUGGUACUCUGAUGCUAGGUUUUGUAGUAACUGUUGUUAUUACAAAGAUAUGGCAACUGUUUAGGGUUCUGUUAUGGAGACCCUAUGUCUUAACCAAAUUGUUCGAGAGCCAAGGCGUUAAAGGGCCAAGUUAUAAGCUACUUUACGGUUCUAUGAAGGAGAUAAAGAAGAUGAAAAAGGUUGCAAGAGAAACGGUGUUAGAUGUAAAUUCUAAUGACGACAUCACUUGUAGAGUUCUUCCUCACUAUCAAAAAUGGUUAUCAGAAUACGGUGAUGCAGUGUUAUAUUGGAAUGGUACGGAGCCGAGAGUCGUAGUAACAGAACCGGAGCUGGCUAAACAAGUAUUAUCAAACAAGUUCGGCUUCUAUAUCAAACCAUAUAUGAAGCCUUUAUUUCAAAAGCUCACCGGUAAAGGGUUGAUUUUGGUUGAAGGAAGAGACUGGGUUAGGCACAGAAGAAUUCUAAAUCCUGCCUUUUCCAUGAACAAGCUCAAGAUUAUGAUAAAGAAAAUGGCAGACUGCACGAUUUCGAUGCUCGAUGAGUGGCAAAAGCUUGCGUUGCAAGAAACGGAAAAUUGCAAAAUAGAUAUGAAUGAAUCAUUUCAAAAGCUUACAGGUGAUAUAAUUGCCCAUACUUCGUUCGGAAGCAGUUAUCUGCAAGGAAAAGAAGUCUUUAAAGGACAAAAAGAGCUUCAAAAACUAUCUGCAGCUUCAAUGACUGAUAUAGACGUCCCCGGAAAACAGUAUUUUCCUACUGCAUCGAAUAUGAGAAUAUGGAAGCUAGACAUGCAGGUGAAGAACACAUUAAGCAGUAUUAUACAAAACAGAUUAAAGGCAGAGCCCUGUUCUGAUAAGUUUUACGGAGAUGAUUUACUCGGUCUAAUGAUCGGAUCUUCAAUAAACAAAUCGAAUGAUGAGAAGAGCAAACAUACUGGAAUGCUGAGCAUGGAUGAAAUAAUGGAAGAGUGCAAAACGUUCUUUUUGGCUGGGCAGGAGACAACAUCUAGUUUACUAACUUGGACUGUUUUCUUGUUGAGCAAACAUCAAGAUUGGCAAGAAAAACUUAGACAAGAGGUGUUGAACGAGUGUGAAAUGAAUGUUCCAGAUGCAGAUACGCUGGCCAAAUUAAAAUUUGUGAACAUGGUUAUACUUGAAGCACUGAGGUUGUAUUGCCCAGCAAUAGCAUUGAUUAGGAAGGCAACAGAAGAUAUGAAGUUGGGAAAUUUAACGAUACCAAAAGAUACAAGUGUCACCAUUCCAAUUGUCCAAAUUCAGAGAAGCAGACGAUACUGGGGAGAAGAUGCAAAUGAAUUCAAUCCAAUGAGGUUUCAGAAUGGUAUCUUAAAGGCAGCAAAACACCCGAACGCAUUCCUAGCAUUUUCAACGGGUCCGAGAGCUUGCAUUGGCCAGGAUUUUGCAAUGUUGGAAGCUAAAACAGUGCUUGCACUGAUUCUUCAAAGAUUUUCAUUUUCCUUGUCCUCUCAGUAUAAACAUGCUCCAAUUGAUUAUCUUACUCUGCAUCCACAAUAUGGCAUGCCUAUUAUUGUAAAGCCCUUGCAUUUUUAAGAUAUAUUAUAUUAUGGUAUGGAUAAAUGUACCAAGUAAUAUUUGUUUUUGUCUCA